AUGGCGGCUACGGCGCCCAGUGCGGCUCCUCCCGCGACAGCACCGCCGCAGAGCCCGACGGCGGCUCCGGCCACCCCGGCCGGGAGCGCCCCCCCCGCGGCCGCGCCAGCCCCGCCUGCCGCCCCGGCCCCGCCGCCGCCGGCCGCACCACUGUCAGCCGCGCUCUCGGGCCCCUUCCCCGGCGGCCGCGUGGUGCGGCUGCACCCGGUCGUGCUCGCCUCCAUCGUGGACAGCUUCGAGCGGCGCAACGAGGGCGCGGCGCGGGUCAUCGGGACGCUGCUGGGGACCGUGGACAAGCACUCGGUGGAGGUCACCAACUGCUUCUCCGUCCCGCACAAUGAGUCCGAGGAUGAGGUGGCAGUCGAUAUGGAGUUUGCCAAAAACAUGUAUGAGCUGCACAAAAAGGUGUCUCCUAGCGAGAUCAUCUUGGGCUGGUAUGCAACAGGUCAUGACAUCACGGAACACUCAGUCCUGAUCCACGAGUAUUACAGCCGGGAAGCGCACAAUCCAAUCCACCUCACUGUGGACACAAGUCUCCAGAAUUCACGCAUGAGCAUUAAAGCCUAUGUCAGUGCCCCAAUGGGAGUCCCUGGUAAAACUAUGGGCGUGAUGUUCACACCCCUGACAGUGAAAUAUGUUUAUUAUGAUACAGAGCGGAUAGGAGUGGAUCUCAUCAUGAAGACCUGUUUUAGCCCUAAUCGAGUGAUUGGCUUGUCCAGUGACUUACAGCAGGUGGGCUCAGCCUCAGCCCGGAUUCAGGAUACCCUGACCAUGGUGCUGCAGUAUGCCGAGGAUGUGUUGUCUGGCAAAGUGGCUGCUGACAACACUGUUGGGCGUUUCCUGAUGGAUCUUAUUAACCAGGUGCCAAAGAUUUCACCAGAGGACUUUGAGACAAUGUUGAACAGCAAUAUCAAUGACCUACUGAUGGUAACCUACUUGGCAAACCUCACACAGUCACAGAUUGCUCUCAACGAAAAACUUCUGAGUUUAUAAAGAAACUGUUGCCAUCCUACACUUAAAGGAGCCCGAAGAAGGAGUAGAUACACUUUUCUAUGGUGUUACAAACUUCCUUGGACCGUAAUUUAAUUACCUACAUGACUUGGUUUACAUCUUUAUUUCCAUUGCCCUGAAAAAUCCCUAACGUGCUUCAGGAAAUGAAUGGGAAUGGCUGCAGUUCAGUUGAGCCUGAUAUUUUAAAAUGGAAUAUGAGAAUCUUUUGUCUCCUGGGUUUAUCUACUUGUAUAACAAAAUACAGCUUUAUUGUAAGAAUGUAUUGGGAAUAAAAGUUCCAUUGCAGUGGCAAGAAUGGCUUCUGUCUAGAAGAAACUGUUCUCAUUUAUUGUGUAAUGAAUCCACUUUUAAAAGAAAGGGAGGGGGUAACAUGGCAUCAGCAAAGAAGUAGAUGCAAAUCAACUCCAGUUCUGCAGACUUCUUUGCAGGGUUUUUUUUCCAACUGUGAAAGCACACUGAAAGUGUGGGGUUUUGUGCUGCAUGUAAUAUGCUUUACCAUGAAGGACUACAGAGUGGUCACUGGUUUAUUAGUGGUGCUGUGUAUAUUCCUUCAGCAGGGUACUGACAGAGUAUGAGAUGGCAAAUUCAGUUUAUUAUAUAAUUUCUAUGCAUCUGAUUAUUUUCUGAUCUUUUGGGAAAGGAAGUCAAAAUCAAAAACAUUAGCCCCUCAUAAAGUGAGGGUUCAGAGAAUUAGAGCCAGCAACUGUGUUUAUGGUAAAAGAGCUUGAAAAGCAUUUGUGGCUAAAUAAGCGUGCUUCCUGGAGUUUCAUCUUUGCCAAAGAAGAAAGGGACAGCAAAAUGACAGUUCAUGAAAUUUGAUGUUAAAAGUUGGGUGUCAUCAAAUAGGAAUUUUAUGUUUCAUAACCCUGUACUGCUGCUAAAAUUAUGCAAACAGAAACGCCAUUUUCUCCCCAAGACAUAUUUCAUGUUAAAUGAGUUCUAGCUGAGCGAAUACCAAUAUUAUCUGCAACUUUGCACAGUCUCAGCUAACAACAUCACCUUUAGAAGGCUGUUCAGCUGUACUGAGGAGGUUUGCCUAACGGAGUUAAGGCAUCCCUCUGCUACGACAUACCUGUUCCCACCUAACUACUUGACUCGGUCUGUUUCGGUGAAUGAGUUUGAAACGUUGGAGAAGUAUGCAAAGAGAGUGUUCCCCAAAAUAAUUGUUUUCCUAAUUUGUCAGAUAAAUUCCAAGAAUGAGACUCACGUUACAAAUCUGUAGAUCCUGUACUGGUUCCAAUUUUUAUAAGAGUUCCCCCAGUGACUAAAUGCUAAAUUCUAAGUUCUAAUUGCAAGGACAAUAUACAUGAAAACUGAAAGUAUGGCAAAGAUCCCCAUCUCAUUUGAAAAUCUUAUUUGUGAGCAUUAAAUAACUAUUAGGACCCAACUCCUGGUUUUUAUUACUCUGAAUAAAAAUGUUUUGCUUUCCCUUCUCUUCUUUAAACUUAAUGUUCUUAACUUCAAACAUUUAACGUUUCACAAGGUUUUUUAAAGUAAGUUUGACAUUGAUGGAAGAAAAGAGCAAGCUGCAAAGCUGGGUAAGUCAAUUACUGCAAAAAAGUUGCAGGGGGGGAGGCAUAAUAUUCUUCCCCUGAUCUCUGCAGGAAACUCUUUGCCAUUCCCUGUUAGAAAAGUGAGAAAAUGUAAGAAGAAAGAUUUUUAACACUCUCCUAGUUGAAUAGCUGUGCUGUUUAAUAAGCUAGUGUGAACAACAUGAAAAGUUCUGAGAUGAAAGAAUCAAUUUGUGAUCACUGUGUAAUUUGCCAGUACUUGGAAGUACCUGCAGACUAAUGAAGACAUAUCAUAAGGGACUGAGGUUAUGGCUUCCUAGCUAAAACGAUUCACUUCAAAGCAGCUGUCUGAAGAGACCAAAGUCUAUGGGUUUGGGUGUAUGCCAGACAGCACAGUGCCAAAUGCUAGGAAUUGGAGUAGGAAAAGAGUUUCCCUUUAAAAACUAAUCCCAUCUGUUGUGUCCUUGUGAACGGACACAUGAUGAUCCUUACUUUGACUCUGGAAUUUUGAAUGCCUGAUUUCAAAUUUCAGUGGCCACUCUUGUGAAGGACAACAUUGCAAACACAAUUGUAAUGCAUCAUUGUGCUUAAUUGUAAAGCCUUUGCUGUGUUAUUACCAGAAGGCAUUCCUUCUCUGGAACUGUAAAAUGUAUACAGGAAUUAGUAAAGGUAUUCUAUUAGAAUUGUUCCAGUGUACAGAAAUCUAUCUAAAAAUUUGAAGUUCAAUAGAAAAUCUGGUGGGAAAAGCUUCAGAGUCAAGAAAUAUCAAGGAUUUCGAGCUUUAACUUGCUAUUGAUUUGUUAAUUGUAUGGAUUUAUUAGGGGACUUUUCUCCUUUUUUUGUUUGAUUGUUUAGGAUGUGUUGCUCCAAGUAACUUUGACAAAGUUAGCUUUAAAUAGCUGAGAUAGGUAAUUCUCUGGAUAUGCUUCUGUACAUUACAUUUAGUCACAUUAGUGAUCUCACUAAUAUAAUAAAAGCUCUUCUAUCUUUUGGCA